UGACUGUUGGUUGAGCUCAACUGGCUGUCAGGGUAUAUGUUAAAUGUAUAACAAUUAAGUGACGUGGAAUGCAUUUUGUUGAUAUUUUAUCUUUUUUUUUUAUUAAACAGUUAUUAUUUUUAAUUUUUAAUAAAUUAUAUAAUGAUUCUUCUUGAAAUCAUAAUUAUUUGUAUUUUAAUAUUUGUAUCAAUUUUCUUAAUCUUUUGUACAUUUUUGUAUAUAAAUACAUCACGAUAUCCUAAAAUUAUACGAUAUAAUGAAGAAAAAUAUUUUUUAAAUCCUAAGACUGGUAAAAGAGAAGAGUUUCCUUCUCUUUCUGAUGCAUUUAGUUUACAUCUCAGUGUUAUUGUUCCUGCUUAUAAUGAAGAAAAGCGACUUAUACCUAUGCUGGAUGAAUGUCUAGAAUUUUUAGAAAAUCGAAAAAAAUUGGGAUUAACUUAUGAAAUAAUUGUUGUAAGUGAUGGAAGUACAGAUCAAACUGUACAAGUUGCUCAGAAUUAUGCUACAAAAUAUGAUUCUAUAAGAGUAUUGGAGCUAGUCAAAAAUAGAGGAAAAGGAGGAGCUGUAAGACUAGGUAUGCAAAGUGCUCGCGGGAGUUUACUUUUAUUUGCUGAUGCUGAUGGCGCUACAAAAUUUAGUGAUCUUGAUAAACUUGAAGAAAGUAUCAAAGAGAUUUUAAGUUGUGAUUAUAAAGAAAAUCCUGAAAAAGUUGCUAACGCUCAUGCUGUUAUUUGUGGAUCACGAGCUCAUUUAGAAGAAGAUGAAACAGCACAUAGAUCUCUUUUUCGGUUAUUUCUUAUGCAUGCAUUUCACUUUUUGGUAUGGUCACUUUGUGUUCGUCAUGUACGUGAUACUCAAUGUGGUUUUAAACUUUUGACUCGUGAAUCGGCUAAAGUAUUAUUUAAUGCCCUUCACGUUGAGCGAUGGGCAUUCGAUGUUGAAAUGCUUUAUAUAGCACAAACUUUGAAUAUUCCUAUUACAGAAAUUGCUGUGAAUUGGACUGAAAUUGAAGGUUCUAAAAUUGUCCCUUUCUGGAGUUGGUUAGAAAUGGGAUGUGAUCUAUUAUUAAUUUGGCUACGUUAUACAAUAGGUGCAUGGAAAAUAAUAAGACCUAAAAAACUAUGAACCGUUGCAUUAUAAUUAAAAAAAAAUUAAAUUUAUUGAAAAAUUAAAA